AUGUCGAGUUGCGGGAAGUGCGACCGUCCGGACACCAAAGACAUGGUUGCGUGCGACUCCUGCCAGGCAUGGUAUCAUUUCCAAUGCGUUGGAGUUUCCCCCGGUAUUGCAAACAGGACCUUCAAGUGUGACGUUUGCACGGGCAAAAAAGUGAAAAAGACUGGCACCGUGAAAAAGGUUGGAACAACCACCAAUCCUUCGAAAACAACGAAACCUGUCGAGGCAACAACAACAGAACCAACUUCUUCCGAAAGUCAAAGUGUUUCUUCCGACGCUGCCACGCAAUCCGUAGCCAGUGAAGCCGCUACUGUCAUUUCGCGGAAUCUUCCGGAACCGAGCUACGAGCAGCAACUCCAAGCGAUGAUGGAUGAAAUGGAGUUUCAAGAAAAGCAGCUGAAGGAAGAAAAAAUUAUCCGGGAGAAACGUAUGGAGAUGCAACGGAUACUGGAAGAAAAAAGGAUUUUGCAGGAUCGAGAGCUGCAGGAGAAGCAACUGGAACAAGAAAGAAAGUUGCUCGAGCGAAAGUUGCAAGAUGAUUUGGACUUCAGCAAACAACAACGAGCCCUGCGGGAUAAAUAUGAUCGAGCCCGGAGUGAUUUGUUGCUGAAAGACCAAGAAGAGUUUGCCGCUGGUGAUUGUGAAGAUGAUAGUGCCGGAAAAGUGCGUGGUUGGCUGCUGGAUCCACUUUAUCGAGAUCCAACGAAAAAUGUUCCCUUCGAUGACCAGCUACAACAAACGCCUAAAUGUAGGCCAGAUUCCAAGCGUUUGUCGCAUAAUGUGCUCGAAAAUAAUCGCCUGUCGGUAGGCAAUCGUUUGCCUGUCGAUGAAAACAAUUUUUCGUCGAAAUUUUUGCCAGAAGCUAGCGAUUCCGCUUCUGUUCAACAACAAGUUUAUCAUCAACCUACCAAAGCACAAUUGUUGGCCCGCUCAGUUCUUGGACGCCCGUUACCCAUCUUUAGUGGCCGAGCAGAGGAGUGGCCGCUAUUCAUAAGCUCGUUCACCAACUCAACAGAAGCUUGUGGGUUCAACGAGCAGGAAAAUCUGGUCAGGCUGCAAGAGUGCUUAAAGGGAGCUGCCCUGGAAACCGUUCGUAGCCGGUUGAUGCUGCCUUCAGGAGUGAGUAAGGUAAUUGAAACUCUUCGAAAGUUUUUCGGACGUCCGGAACAGCUGAUCCAUAAUCUCCUUGCAAAGGUCCGAAAAUGUACUCCUCCUCGAGCGGAUCGCCUGGAAUCAUUCAUUCCUUUCGGGCUGGCGGUGCAAGAGCUCUGCGAUCAUCUCGAGGCUGCCCAGCUCCAGGAUCAUCUAGUGAAUCCGGAACUACUCCAGGAAUUGGUCGACAAAUUACCAGCCGCUACCAAACGUGAAUGGGUGCAGUUCAAGCGAGCAGAACAGAAGGUGACACUGAAAACGUUUGCUGAGUUUACGUCGAACAUAGCCAGUGAAGCUAGUGAAGUUAUUUUAGUGGUCGAUCAGAAACCGUCUGAUCCCAAAUUCAUAGAUCGAGCCCGUUACAAGGAAAAGGGAUUCAUACAUGCGCACAAUGCGCACGAAACAUCGAGCCUACAAUCGCCGCCGGUGCCGUCGACUUGCCGCGUAUGUAGGAAGGAGAACCAUCGAGUCCGGAACUGCGAGGAAUUCCGGAAGAAAACUUUAACCGAGCGUCUGAGAUUGAUGGAGCAGCUGAAGCUCUGUGACCGCUGCCUCAACGAGCAUACUGGGUGGUGUCGAUUUAAGAUUACAUGCAACAUCGGUGCAUGUCGUUUGCAUCAUCACCCACUCGUCCACCGUAGGCAAGAAUUUUCGACCCCAUCGCCAGUUCCAGUUUUUUCUACACCUGCUCCCCCUGCGGAGCGAUUGAAUGUCCAUGUGGAGCGCAAGCCGUCUGUCAUUUUGCGCAUUAUUCCCGUCACGUUGUUUAAUGGUUCGCAGUCGGUGAAAACGUUGGCCUACCUGGACGAAGGUGCUUCUAUGACUCUGAUAGAAGAGAGCUUGGUUCGGGAGUUGAAUGCGCGAGGAGUUUUUCAUCCAAUGACACUGCAAUGGACUUCCAACAUCGUACGCCAGGAAGCUUCGUCACAAUGUUUAUCUUUGGCGAUUUCGGGUGACAGUGGAAAGCGUUUCAAGUUACGUGACGCUCACACGGUGAAGAAAAUGCAUCUUCCGAAGCAAGCUGUAAAGUUUUCUGAAAUCUCCAAUCAACAUCGACACCUGCAAGGAAUAUCUGUACCUGAUCGAGCCGCCGACGAGCCAAGAAUAUUGAUUGGGCUGAACAACAUUUUCUUAUUUGCGCCUUUGGAAUCACGGACCGGAGCCCCACUAGAUCCUAUUGCAGUUCGAUCACAUCUGGGAUGGUCGAUCUAUGGACCCCUGAAUCGAUCGGGAUCUGACAUGUUCGUGGGAUGUCACAAUGAAUACUCGAACCAAGACUUACACGACCAGAUGCGGGAAUACUUUUUUGCCGAGGAACCGAGCCUGCUUGUGAAGCACAUUCCGGAAUCCAAAGAGUUGGAACGAGCACGAGCAAUUUUAGACCGAACCACUGCCCGGGUUGACGGUCGUUAUGAAUCAGGUUUGCUGUGGAGAUCGGACGACAUUCAACUCCCGGAUAGCUACGCAAUGGCGCGCAAAAGGUGCGAUGCUUUGGAACGACGUUUGAAGAACAACCCUCAACUAGAUUUGGCAGUUCGUCAGAAAAUCAAUUCAUAUUUGGUGAAACAGUAUGCGCACAAGGCCACUCCGCAAGAGUUGGCCUCAGCCACACCCGGGAGAAUCUGGUUCCUUCCGUUAAACGUCGUCAUUCAUCCGAAAAAACCGGAGAAAAUCAGAUUAGUUUGGGACGCCGCUGCAAAGGUCCAAGGUUUGUCCCUGAAUUCGAUGCUACUUCCUGGCCCCGACCUUUUGACGUCUCUUCCGGCAGUGUUGCAACGAUUUCGCGAGCGUACGGUGGCAUUUGGAGCCGACAUACGCGAAAUGUACCACCAAAUUCGCGUGCAAGCUGCAGAUCGACAUGCGCAACGGUUUUUAUUUCGUUCAGAUCCGAUCGCCGAGCCCGAGGUCUACAUAAUGGACGUUUGCACCUUCGGAUCUGCCUGUUCCCCAGCCGUGGCGCAGCAUGUGAAACGGGUGAACGCGCACAGGUAUGCGCAACAAUUCCCGGAAGCAGUGGAUUCUAUCGACCGUCGACAUUACGUCGAUGACUAUUUGGAUUGUGCUAACACAGAAGACGAGGCGAUUGUAAAAGCGAAGCAGGUGCAGUACAUUCAUCAUCAAGGUGGUUUUGAGCUGCAUGGUUGGAUAUCGAACUCCAGUGAAGUAUUACGAGCUUUGGGGGCGUUGCCCUCUGAGGAAGUUUCGCUGAGCGAGUCAAGCUCCAGCGGGACAGAACGCGUUCUUGGGAUUAUUUGGAAGCCGCAAGAAGAUACAUUUACCUUUUCGACUACUUUGAGAGAAAACCUGAUCCCAUAUUUCUACAACGACAAGCGCCCUACGAAGCGCAUCGCUCUCAGCGGGGUCAUGAGUCUGUUUGACCCGCUGGGCUUCCUGUCACCUUUUACGGUGCAUGGGAAACUACUUCUGCAGGAGCUGUGGCGCACCGGCUGCGAUUGGGACGAGUGUAUCGACGACGACAACUUUGCUAAGUGGCAAAGAUUUACAUCUUUGUUACCGGAAGUAGAAGCUGCCCGUAUCCAGCGCUGCUAUCUCCAGGGUGGCCCACCAUCUUCUUACGAAACCUUGGAGCUACAUACAUUUGUCGAUGCGUCGGAACAAGCAUGCGAAUUGUCUGCUGCUGUACUGGGUUCGCAGAUGGCCCACAGUAUCGAAGCUGAACAUGAUUUGAAGGUGACUAGAAGGGUGUUCUGGACAGAUUCCAGGACCGUUUUAUCGUGGAUCCGGUCUGAUCAGCGCAGAUAUAAGCCAUUUGUUGGGUUUCGAAUCGGAACCAUUCUUCAGAAUACGAGAGUCGACGAGUGGCGCUGGGUUCCCACCAAGUUCAACAUUGCGGAUAUCCUGACCAAGUGGAGCAACGAAUCGUUUUUAGCACCCGAUAGCUCUUGCUUCUCAACUGGCGAGCUACCAAUCAUCGAUGUGAGGCGUAUAUCUAAGUGGACGAUUUUGCUUCGAACAUUAUGUUGCGUGUUUCGAUUCUUAUCCAACUGUCAUCGAAAGAAACUGGGCGAGCCUAUCGAAACGGUCGAAACACCUGAGCACAUCAAGAAGCUAGUCAUCGUUCAGAUCGAGAGUGUGAAAAUCCCGUUGAAGCAGGAGGAGUUUGAAAAAGCCGAGAAUUUGCUGUGGAAGAUAGCGCAACGAGAGAAUUAUUCCACCGAGAUUGCAACGCUGUUAAAUAAUCAACGUCUACCGAAGGAGCAAUGGUCUAGCAUCGAAAAAAGUAGUUCUUUGUACCGUUUGGCACCCUUUCUCGACGAGUAUGGCGUUCUCCGAGUCGACGGCAGAACCAGUGAAGCUUCGUUCGUAUUAUUACGAAUCAUCUACUGA